AUGAUCUCUCCUAACAGGCUAAGACUCCAGUCUGCCCUACAGUUCACAUUUCUGGCUUCUAACAAUGAGGCUGAGUACAAAGCCCUGGUAGCAAAAUUAAAAUUGGCUAAGGUUGUAGGGGCCAACAGGGUAGAAAUGUAUAGUGAUUCGCAACUGGUGGUCAACCAGGUAUUAGGGGAAUAUCAGACUUGGGGAGAAAAGAUGGCUGCUUACAUAUCGGUUGUUAGGGAAUUGCUGCAAGAGUUUAAGGAAUACAAAGUGGAACGAAUUCCACGAGAAAGAAAUGCCCAUGCAAACUGUCUGGCUAAGCUAGCCUUAGAUAGCGAGAUAGAGAAGCUGGGGGUGAUACCUGUUGAACACCUUACGGAACCUAGCAUUAUGACCAAAGAAGUAGUGGCUACUAAUGAACAAGGGUCGAGCUAG